AUGGAGAAUACGUUGGCCAGUGUCGAUCUUGGACGGUAUCGCCGAAUCGUACAGAUGUUUUGGGAUCCUGAGCCGAUAAACGAUCCCGCUACCGAUCAGCCAGUAUGGUGCCUGGGAUGCUCAUACCGUCUUGUAGAUAGCAAGACUCUGAGGAAUGAGUCUGUGAAAAAGGCUCCGCGCUCAAAGGAGGAGGAACAACAGGACACAACGACCGAUCCGCUAUCGGAAGAUGCAGCUGCGCCUCAGCCAACUUCAUAUGGAACACAAUCAGAGUCCACUCCUAGCAGCUUUUCUUCUUCCCUUGCGUAUGGCGAAGCAGUUCAGGACGGUGGCUGGCCGCAAGGAUUCAUCGAUGACUUUGAAGCCAGAUUUUGGAUGACAUACAGGUCGGACUUCCAAACGAUACCGCGGUCAAAAGAUCCGAAAGCACCCUCUGCUAUGUCGUUGUCCAUGCGCAUAAAAUCACAACUCGGUGACCAGACCGGAUUCUCGUCCGAUAGUGGUUGGGGCUGCAUGAUACGGUCUGGGCAAAGCCUCCUAGCUAACGCUAUAGCCCUUCAACGUUUUGGACGAGAUUGGCGCCGCGGCGCUCUGCCCCAAGAGGAACGCAAAUUGAUUCGUCUUUUCGCCGAUGACCCGAGGGCACCCUAUUCCAUCCACAACUUUGUACGCCACGGUGCUGAAGCGUGUGGGAAAUAUCCGGGAGAAUGGUUUGGCCCUUCUGCUACAGCACGUUGCAUCCAGGCCCUUGCCAACCCCAACGAACCGUACCUCAAAGUAUAUGCCACAAGCGACGGCCAUGACGUUUACGAAGACAGUUUUAUGAAGAUUGCCAGGCCUGAUGGCAAAACAUUUACACCGACACUACUUCUCGUGGGUACACGCCUGGGCAUAGAUAAGGUCACACCUGUAUACUGGGAGGCACUCAUCGCCGCGCUUCAGAUGCCUCACAUGCUUAUUGGUUUCCUCAUCCGCUCCGAGGAUGAUUGGUCGAUUUGGAGACGCUGUGUGAACCAUGUGCAAGGAAAGGCCAUCAUACAUGUUACAGACCGUGACCCGGCGCCUCAGGGAAGUGAUGGGGCCGAAGGUAGACAUGGUGCUAUCGACGAAGUCGAGACUUGGAGCGAUGACGAUGACGAGAACCUUAUUGUCAGCGAAUAG